UGUAGACGUACUAGGCGUGUACCAGGCUCACGUCGCAGGCCAGUGCACUAUCUUCCAGUCUAUAUUAUAUGGGUCGGGUCUUCCCUGGAAUUCUCUAAAAGUCUGGAAUUUACCAUCACUUUAAAGAAAGAAAAUGGCUUCGUUAUCUGGAAACGUAACGAAAGCGAACUUGGACACUUUCCGCUUACAUCUGUCUCAGUUUUCAAUGUACCAGCUAAGGAUUUUUUUAGAUUACUUCAAAAAUGAUCUCAUCUACAUCAUUGAUACAUUGGACACUUUGGCUUUACUGAGAGAGCUAAGUUAUAGAAAAAUCAUCUCACUUGAGAGCUACCAGUUGUUGAAAGAAGAGUGCGGUGAAGCAUUUUCUCAAUUACUUAUACAAGACAUUUCAGAAAUGGUAAAAGAUGAGAUGCUUGCAUUUUGGGAGAGUCUUUAUUUUCUACAGAAUGACCAUCCUCAUCCUAACCUGUUAGGUGUACUUGAUGAAUUGAUUUUUACAGGUGAUACAUUGGAGCGGCAGAUAUCUCUGGAUGAGUCUGGACAUGCUCUGACUCCGGAUUUAGAGGAAUGCCAGCAGAUACACAAGAAAUUUCUGAUGGAGAAAACUCAGAAUCUGGUGGACAAUAAAGUUCCAGGCCCAAAUCAACAACAUAGUCAAAGCUUUCCUAUUUCAGAACGGUAUUUGGACUUAAGUGUGGUCUCUACUAAUCACUUCAGAAAACGUACUCAGCAUGAAGUCAUAGAAACAGGAGGAAUUCAUGAGCAUUACUUACAGAUAGCUGAGAGUAACUUAGAACGUAUUGCCCCAAACAAGCUGUUCCGCUGGUGUCACAGAAAAAGGUGUGUGCCCCAGUCGGUAUUAGUGAGUGGUGUUCCAGGAGUAGGAAAGACCACCCUAAUGCAGAAAUUUGUGUAUGACUGGGUAAACAGAAAGCUCUACCAGAGAUUUUCUUUCAUUUUUUUCUUUAAAUUUCGAAUUCUCAAUAAAUUUAAUGAGAUUAGCUUGGAAGGGAUGAUUCUUACAGAAUAUCCACAUCUGAAAAGCAAGAUUAGAGACAUUUUAACAGAACCAGAAAAACUGCUCUUUAUAUUUGAUGGUUUAGAUGAAAGUAACCAUCAAAUAGACUUUUCCUUAAGUCCUUUGUGUAGUGAUCCACAGCGCCUGGAAAAUCUACGUGUCAUUGUGGUAAGUCUAGUGAAACAAACUCUUCUCAAAGGCUGCUCCACCUUAAUUACAAGUCGUCCAUCCCGACUAGCAACAAUUGAGAUAGAUGACUUUAAACGCAUUUGUGAAAUUAUGGGAUUUUUUCCUAAACAAAGGCAGAUGUAUUUUGACAAUUUUUUUGGAGACUUGGAAAUGUCGAAAAAGGCAUUUGAAUAUGUGAGAGAAAAUGACAUUCUAUACACAUUCUGCUAUAUUCCAUCAUAUUGCUGGAUUAUUUGUACAGUGUUAUCAAAAUGUUUCACAACCCACGAGGGAAGAACAAAACUUAUGGAAUUAUUGCCUAAAACAAUUACACAACUGUUUGUGACAUUUUUUGCUAAUAUUCUUUCAAAUCACUCUCAAGACGUGGAGCAUGCUAGAUCGCUCUUGUCCUCCAUUGGAUGGAUGGCAGAAAACGGAAUUAUGAAACAAAUUCUUGUAUUUGAUGAAAGAGAUUUAACAUUCUUUGUAGGCCCUGAAUCUCAUUUGUUAUCAAGCUUUAUGGUAGAAGCUCUUCAACCACCAAAUGUGGCCUAUUCCUUCUUCCAUCUUACCAUCCAAGAGUUUUUGGCAGCCUUAGUUCAUUACCUUCAGUUUUCUCCAGAGAAAUUACAGAAAGCUCUUAAUGAUACUAAAUCUUUUGAAGAUGGUCGUUGUGAAAUAUUUCUGCGUUUCCUCUCAGGACUCUCUGAUAGUUCCACCAGGUCACUUUUAAAACCAUACUUUGGAGAGCUCUCAACUGAAACAGCUAAGACUGUCAUUAACUUUCUCAAUGCGUUUGUCAAACAAGAUGCAAAUUUAGAGAAAGAUGAGGUUGACAGUAAGAGAAGGGCUUUGAAUGUGUUUGCUUACCUAUUUGAAUCCCGUAACAGAGUUCUUGUGUCUCAAAUAAAGGGAACAAACAAAAGAUUUGACUUCUCUGAAUUACACCUGGGUCCAAUGGACUGCACAGUCUUAGCUUUUAUCUUAGAAUCGUGCAAAGAAGUAGACCUUGUUGACCUUGACUCGUGUUUUAUUCAGACUGAGGGUUUGGAAAGGAUUUGGAGACAUCUGCAUAUGACUACGGACCUCAGACUCUCUAAAAAUGAUCUGAAGGAUGACGACAUGCAAAGACUUUAUAACAUAAUAUCUAAUCCUUUGUGUAGGAUAGAAAGACUAAGCUUGAAGAAUAAUAAUCUUACAGAAAGAUGCUGUUCAAUUCUGGCAUGUGGAAUAUUAGAAAAUAGAUCAUUGAAAGAGUUGGAUCUGUCUAAAAACAAACUUGCUGGUCCAGAGUUUGAAGAUUUAAUCAGCACUCUGUCCAAUCCAAACUGCACAAUCCAAAAGUUGUCACUCCAGCAGAACAAGCUGAGCGAUGAAUACGCAGACAUUUUACUCAAUCUGACUAAGAACGUGAACCUCACACACCUCAACAUCGGUUCAAAUUAUUUCACUGAUAGAUGUUCUGGGCAAAUCAAGAAGCUCAUACUACAUUCACCCAGUCUAACAGAGGUCAGUGUUGACAAAAAUGAUUUUUCUACAAGUAUGGAUGAAAGUCUAAAGCAGUUGAACAUUCAAAAACCAAGUGUGACGGUUAUUGUAUGAUGAUGAGAUGGUACGAGACAAGCCUCUGCAAAAUGACUGACGACAUACUGAACACGUCAUCAUACAAAGAAAAAAAUUAUGCUGCAUUAUUGUACUAACUUCAGUCUGCAAAAUGAUGUUAUCCAUCUAUAUCCAGUGAAAAACACUGAAAAGUAUUGCUAUGUGAACAUGGAUCAUUUGGACUUCGAUUUCGGCAUUCUAAAAUCCUACUGAUUGACGAUAUUGAUAAAAUAUUAAUUAGCUUUUGGAAAUAAAAUAACUUUAUUUUCAGAGAAUCUUCCAGCACUUACUAAUGAUAGAUUCUGGACAAUGAGGAAGUAGCAACCUCUAUGUCAUAGAAAUAACUUGAUUAGAGAAGUUUUAAUUUCUCUUUUUGGAGGAACUUUGCCAUGAAACAAUAUUAUAACAUCAAUACAUGAAGGACGAAAAAAAAUAAUUCUCAUCAGAACUGACUUUCUGUUAAAUUUGUCAAAUUUAACACAUUUCGGUUGUGGUGGGAAACUACAGUAUGACUUUUAAGAUAGUUCAUCUGUUAUUUUAACACACAAAGUGCAAAAAAAAAGUUAUAAAAUACAGAACUUUUAAUUCAAAAAAGCCUUAAAAUAAUGUGAAUAUUUAGGUGAUAAGUGUCUAGUAUGACUUUUUGUUGUGUUUUUAAAUUCAAGAUUAUUCCAAACAUUAGUAAACCCAGUUAUCCUGUAGUUUUUAAGUAGCUGUAUAUCACUUUACUUUUUAUUGAAAGAAUUCAGCAACGGAAUUCCAGUCCACCGGAAAACACUUUCUCAGAUUUUCACAGAUUUUGUACUUCUUUAUUUCAAUUUUAUUUUUGCAUUUGCAGUACCAUAUUGUAUCUGUUCCAUCAGCUUUUUCAGAUAUAAAGGGCCAGAUUACAAGUGGAGCACUAAAUAGCGCUCCACUGAGUAAUACCAACGCACGCUAAUGUGCGCUGGUAUUACAAGUUAAGUGCAAUGUGAAAGAAAACUAGCGUUGCAUUGCUAGGAAGCAUUGCAUUCAUGAGAGCACACUUCCAUAGGCUCCAGUGGGAGCGUCAUUGUCAUCCCAUCUCAGAACCUAGUACAGCAAAGGGAACACACAGUUCCCAUAGACGGCAAUGUAAAGGCACUUUUCAGUGCGUUUUUUUUUUCCAAUACCCCACUCCCGUCAACUUUACCCCCAAAAUACUGCCUAGUACAGUUAUUUUAUUAAAAAAUAUAUAUAUAUAUAUAAUACCCUACACUGUAUUUUGGGGGCAUUUGGGAUUGAGAUCUGAUCUCUGGUUAAUUUUAUAAGCACUCACAGUAGCAAUAACCAGCCACUUGUAAUGGCAAAUUUGCCCAUUAGCAGGCCCACAAUAAAUUAGCGCUCCACAUGUAAUCUAGCCCAAAGUAGUUUAUGCAUGUUCAGAUAUUAGUAUCUGACUACUUAAAAGUACUCAUUUGAAAAUUGCCAAAAGUUUUAUGAAUUUACUAAUUGUCCAUGUCUGAUAUUAUUAGUGAAAUUAACAGAUCUGCUUAGAAACAUAUUAGUAACUCUAUUAACAAUAUUGAAUCAAUUUGCUGUCACAUUUUACUUUCCCUUUAGCCAUGUAUCUUUUGUUCCAUGAAGGUCUUUGAAAACACCUGGGCAAAAGCUUAUAAAACAUUUUUUUUUCUUUCAAUAAUAAAAAACUGGAUUUUCCUGAAAUUUUAAUCUUAACGGGACAGUAAACACCUUGAGAUUCUGAUACAAAAUGUUUAGUUAUGCGUAAAGAAACAACUUUGCGCUAUAUUUUCAUUAUUUAUUUUGCCCCCUUCUCGUGUAAUUUAGCUCAGAAAAUUGAGCAAUUUUUAAUUCUCAGAACCCUGCUGACUUGUCAAGUCUAACCCUGCUACACAUAUGUCCUUAAAUGGCUUUGUUAACUGCAAAAAAAUUUAGUAACUUUAUGACAGUGGCUACCCUUGUUGCUGAUAUGUUAUUUUAUAGCAAAACAACAGAAAUGUCUUGUAAUUACAAGGUGUUUACUGUCCCUUUAAUUUAAAUGACACCUAAUGAAAUACAUUCAAUUGGUUUUUUAAAAAAAAACUUAACAUUAAUCUGAGCUGUGUGCAUUGUUUUUUGUGGCAAACCUGUACAAUGGUAUUAGAGACAUAAGGCCUGAUGAUCUAAAGCUAUAUGGUCUAGAAAGAUUGUCUUAAUAAGUCUUGUUUGUUCUGAGAAGUCCCUUAAAGUGAAGGUAAACUUAGCAGGAUUCGAUUAUAGUAAACGUUAAGACAAAUAAAAUAAAUAGUACUUUAAUUCAUGAUUUUAUUCAAUUUUAUAUAUUAAGAGUUAUCAACUUAUUUCUUUCUAGAUCGUUUAGUUUCACAAACAACCCGUUUUUUUGGGGGGUUUUUUAUCCGUCCGGUCACGUGUGGGCAUCAUCCAAUAGUAAGUCUGGCCGUUAGGCGGCCGUCAUUUGACGUAACAACAGUUCUUGUCCUUCUGCGCAUGCGUUUGGUUUACUUCAUCUCCAUUCCAUGCCGGGCUCGCUCCAGUUUCGCAUUCACGCAGGCGCAAAUAGAACAUAGGGCUAAGUGUGCGCAUGCGCAAAUUGCCCUGGAAGCGAGAACGCGCUUUUGAAUUACGUAUAGAGCGGGUGGGACCGCUCUGUAUGUAUUAGACUGAAAAAAUCAGGAAAUUCAUGGAGGGAGGAGAUAAUAAUGGAAGCGUGAGUAGAUAAAAAUACUUUAUAAUGCAAUCAUAUAUAUUGAAAUAGUUUUAAAAAAAAUAGCGAUCGUACUAUAUAGCAUAUGCAAAAUAUAAUAAAGCUUAGAAACAGGAAAACUUUACCUUCACUUUAAACAAUUUUAGAAUGGCAAACUGUAGCUUGAGUAUAUGUUCCAAAUAGCGGUGUAGAACUCUCCAGGGAACAAGGCUGUAAAGCCUCUGUCUCUCUCUGUAAACUUAUUUUUCACAUUUCUACAUCAUAGUGGUUAAUUAAUGGGAGGUAUAUUUUGGACAUAUAUGGAGUUCACCUCAUUUGGGGGAGUAUGGCUUAAAUUUUAUUGCUUUUGAAAACAACAGUUAAUCACUUGUGAGCUCUGAAGUAAAGUUGUUUUGCUGUUGAUUUACACUGUUUCAAGUUCUUGCUCUUCUUUAAUAAACCAUUCAUUUAA